AUGCGUAUAACAUUUGCUCAAACGAAUCCCACCAUAGCAAGUAUUGAGGAAAAUAGUGUAGCUAUAUCUAAGAUUAUUGCCAAACACAGCAGCACCGAUCUAUUUAUUUUUCCCGAACUAGCAGUAACAGGGUAUAAGCCAUUGGAUUUUCUUUACAUGGAUAGCUUUUUUGACAGAAUAAGCAAUGCUGUGGCUGCCAUACAAGCUUCCUUGCACGAAGAGGCCUCGCUUAUUAUUGGUCUUCCAUAUCUUAGUUCAGGGAAACGUUCAGGAAAGCAACCCCAAAAGGAAGAUCUCUCUGCAGAACACUGCUUGCAGGAUACGUUUUUCCUUUCUCAGCAGAGGACUGAGACUGUGUUUAAUAUAGCAAUGUACUGCAGUCGAGCAAAGCAAGAGGGCAUGCAAGCAAAGCGAGCGCUACCGAGUUACGAUGUAUUCUUUGAGCGCAGGUACUUUGAAGCAGCACAUACUACAAAAGUAUUCUCAUGUCAUGGUAUGAGGUUUUGUGUGCUUAUUUGCGAGGAUCUCUGGUCUCCUAUGGAACCAGGGCAUCCAGUAUAUGACGCCUGCUCUCUAGCCCUAGAUUUUAUUGUUGUAAUAAGUGCCUCUCCAUACCAGAUUCAGAAGGAAGAAAAACGCAAGGAGUUGGCACGCGUGCUCUCUACCACUGCUCAAUGCCCGCUUAUCUAUUGCAAUAUGGUAGGGGGGAAUGAUGAGCUUGUCUUUGAUGGUAACUCGUUUGUGCUUUCUGAUAAGGGCAUUACCCUUAUGCAGCUUUCACAUUGCAGUGUUGAUGUAGGAAGCUUGGUGCUUCGAAAAGAGCAGGGGAGUGUAGUGCUGCACCCAGAAGCAAGCGAAACAACAGGCAUCGUAACGCAGAAUACAACAGCAGAAGUGCGCACUCAUACAGGGGAACUUCGGUCUUACGAGGGGGCAUGCAGUAGUUUGGAGCAGAGAACCAACAGCACAAUUGCCAGUAGCUAUUAUUCAAAACAGGAAGAUCUUGCGAGGCUUGUACCUGUCUUAGAAUUGGGUCUACGUGAUUACUUGCUUAAACUGCAACUUCCAUUACAGGUGCAUCUCGGGAUUAGUGGGGGAAUUGAUUCUGCUGUAGUAGCAUAUCUUGCAGCUAAGAGCAUAGGACCAGAGCGAGUAUGUGGGAUUAUGCUGCCAUCGCAGUACACAAGCAGCGAGAGCUGGGAAGACGCUUUGCAGCUUAUUGAGCGUUUACAGAUCAAGAAAUAUAUUGUUUCAAUUUCAGAAAUCACAGCAUGUAUAGAAAAACAUAUAACGGAUGUCUUUCCUCCCAGCCCACGAGGCGUAAGCGAGGAAAACAUUCAAGCAAGAGUGCGUGGUCUUAUCCUUAUGGCGUACUCAAAUAAGUAUGCUUCCACGCUUUUAACCACUGGGAAUAAAUCAGAGUUAGCAGUGGGCUACGCAACACUCUAUGGGGAUAUGUGUGGUACACUCAAUAUCAUUGGUGAUCUGUAUAAAACCGAGGUUUUUCAUUUAGCAGAGCAUAUAAAUAGUACUAAGGAACAUAUCCCACGACGCAUACUCCAUAAAGCUCCUUCUGCAGAACUACGUGAAAACCAGACGGAUCAAGACAGUCUGCCUCCGUACAGUGUUUUAGAUGAUAUUCUCUACGCUUUUAUCAAUGAAUACAAAAGCCCAGAGCAACUGAUACACGAAGGAAAGCACGCUCCUGCUGUAAUUCAAAAUAUAUGGCAGCUCUACUGCAAGGCAGAAUUCAAACGACGACAGGCCGCCCCCAUCAUUAAAGUAUCCUCUACUGCUUUUGGGAGAGGUCGCUUUGUUCCGCUAGUGCAUAAGCUGUAG